AUGAGUGGUGCUUUUCGAGGGAAAAAUGAGAAAUGGACUCUCAUAAAGCUGAAAGAUGUAUUUUCUCGAAAACGGCUGGAAUAUGGCGGACAAAGAUGGAAAGAUGUUCAAAGCAGUAAUUACAUGGCUUUCUACAACUAUUGUAGAAAAUCAGUCCCCGAAGUCACCAGACAAGCUAUUAAGGAUUUAAAUCCUCUGGAAACACUCAAGUUUAAUCCCGAGUGCGCAGUUCACUUUUUCCAGGUUCUUGACUCAGUCGCAAUGUUUCGCAUCGAAACAGAUUCGGCGUGGAUAGAUAUGAUGGACAUUCAAAUCUCAGUCAGCCCUCCGUCAAAACCCCGACAAAAUCCCUUUAACUCUAUCUUCCGUCAAAAACGGCAGAACUUCCGUGGUCUUCCAUCAUGGUGCAUAUGCGAACCACGACCACCAGUGUGCCCACCGGGA